AUGCCCAACUACGUUACGGUGUCUGUCGGACCCAGAGGAGUGAUGGACUUCCAUGGUUUUAUUUGCCAACUUUUGCACGUCGCGUGCCGACAUGUCGCUUGCAAACAUCAACAACUGGUGUCUGCCGACAUGUUUCAGAUUACUGCUCUUAGCGUGCCCCAUGGUGAACGACAGCCGCUGAACGACAAGAGCAAAACCGACCCGGGAAAAUUGGGCGAAAGCCUCGAUUCUGUGUAUCAAUCUGUGAAUACGUGA